AUGGACAAAGGGGAAAGUGUCAUUGAAAGAGAGCUUGGGUUUGUUGAUGUUAGUUGUGUCAGGACUGCGAAUGCUAUAUCAUCAGUGGUUAAGGGUUGGGAUGAUGAAACGUUAAGUAAGGUUACUGGUUUACUUGGCUACCUUAAUGGCUUCUUGUUUUGUUUCUUGGUACAUGUUUUCCAGAGAAUUCUUGAGCAGUCAUCCAUACUUUAUUCUAUCUUGCAAGACAAGGACACUGACUUUCAUUAUGGAUUUAGUAGGUUUGAGAGAUUCAAGGCCUUUGUUGCUUCUCUGAGAAAUGAUACAGAAUAUUGUCAGGUGUACGACCUGGCUGUUGAGAAAGUGGGACCACCAGUAACCAGGGUGUUUAAGAUGUGGAAAGGUGAAGUGCCCUCAGAAAAGAUAAAUCUUCUAAAGGAGGUUUAUGGUGAUAUGUUUGACAUACCAAUGUUAGUUAGCCAACUUUGUUUUAUUUAG